AAAUGUGUAUCAUUUGCAAUCAUCAUGCAAGCUAGCUCAGCUCAAGGAAUGGAAUCUGUACGGUAGACUCAAUGAGCGGAACUUGUUUUUCCUUAUUUUCUGUUCUAUUUCUCCCAGGAUUUUGAUAUUAUAUUGGAAUUAUACACAAGACAGCUAUAGAAUAUUGUUUCUUUUGAAGAGCAAGCACUGAGAGAGGUCUCGCCAUGUCUCGUUCUCGUUCCGUCGGCGAGACGGACCUUUAUGAGCCGCUUGGGUUGAUGGAGCCCCCUAAGAUGGAGGCAGAAAUGGACCGGCGUGUCAGCAACACCAGUCUCUCUUCGGAGAGUGCUUACAGCAGUAACGGGAACGGACCUCCCAUCCCCACACAUCACAACCGGAAGGAUUCUGUCCGUUCCUACAAACUGCGAAGGAAACUCAAACGCAGGAAACUCAUGCAGAGAUUAGUGGGGAAAGAUGGGGUGUGCAAUGUGGUUCACACUCGAGUCGCGAGGUUACGAUUUCUUGAGGACAUGUUCACAACCUUGGUGGAUUUAAGAUGGAGAUGGAACCUGAUGGUCUUCACCUUCGCGUAUGUCAUUGGAUGGUUCAUGUUUGGACUUGUGUGGUUUGUCAUCGCUGCAGCACAUGGUGAUCUGAACGCCUCAAGUCGCAACCUAACAGACUGGGAACCAUGUGUGUAUAACAUGGAAACUUUUACAGGUGCUUUUCUCUUUUCAUUGGAAACCCAGACAACAAUCGGGUAUGGUUUUAGGAGUGUGACUGAAGAAUGCCCAGUUGCAGUCUUGCUAGUUGUAGUGCAGUCUGUCAUCAGUUGUCUCAUAGAUGCUGUAUUCAUCGGUUGCAUCUUUGCCAAAAUUGCUCGUCCAAAGAAACGGGCCGCUACUCUAAAGUUCAGUCGGAAAGCUGUUAUCGCACAAAGGGAUGGUAAACUAUGCUUCAUGUUCAGGGUAGGAGACAUUCGCAACAGCCAUUUGUUUGAGGCUCACUUAAGAGUCUACAUGAUCAAACCAAAAGUCACACAAGAGGGUGAGAUUAUACCUUUGUUUCAUCACAACAUGGAUCUUGGCUAUGACAGUGGGGAAGACCGUAUUUUCUUGGUUUGGCCAAUAAUUGUAUCACACACAAUAGACAAAGACAGUCCACUCUAUGAGUACUCCUGCAACACGAUAGACACCGCUGACUUUGAAAUUGUUGUAAUCCUUGAAGGCAUCGUCGAACAAACAGGAUUGACCACUCAAGCUCGUACAUCCUACAUGCCUGGAGAAAUCCAGUGGGGCUAUCGCUUCUGCAGCUCAGUUCUAUGUCUGCAUAGUGAGUUUGAUAAACAAUAUGACAUUGACUACUCUAAGUUUGAGGAGACCUACGCUGUCCCUGGUCAUCCGAGGAAGAGUGCCAAAGAUCUUGAAGAAAUUGAGCAAAAGGAAGAGGAAACGACAGAGAGCCAGCUAGCUAAGCUAAAAGACCUCAUCACCAGUGUAAUUGAGGAGCAGAAGCUGCAGAGAUGGAAUCCUAGGAUGACAGAAGAGAUUUUCUCACGUCGCUUCAAGCAGUUUGCUCGUGGGGACUGCAAUGGAAGGAGUCUGAGCACUGAACAUCUAACUCUGAAGUGGAAAGCCCCAGACGUCAGUAGACUCGUUUCUAUUGAGUCUCAGGGUUCUCAUGAGGGUUCGCACGAAAUGCAUCCCCUGCGAUGUUGUGACUCCCAGACCACGGAGGAAAUGUCACUGACCAGUCAACCAAGUCCUCUACCUGAAGAAGCCCUCAAGGAGAUGCCAGAGGAAAUAAAAAGGAAAGAGUCAAAUGUAUAGCAGUACUACUGAAGAAAUGGUAAGACCCCUGUACGAUAUUGCAGUGCAGAAUAUACAUGUAAAGUGUGUCCAGAGAUUUAUAUUUGUAUAUAAACAAAUACCAAUAAACUUUGUACAAGACAAGUUGCUUUCAUUAUGACAGUACGUUAGUGUUCUAUUCUGUGGAAGGAAAAUUUUAUCAUUCGAUGCAAAAGAACAUUGUAUUUUAUUUGUGUACAUGGAAACUCAAAGCAUAAACGAUGAUGAUCUAUGUGUACAUACAUGUAUACAUGUACAUUAAGCCAUUUCAGUUUGAAAGAUUUAUGCAAUUUGCUAGGUGUGAAACUUCAUAGUUUUCUGUUCUUAAAUGUUGUUUGUAACAUUUUGGAAUUGUGCUGUGUUAUUUGUCUUCAGUUUAUUCAAAACUGUCUUCCAUGGGAAUAGAGAUUGGUUACCUACAUACCUGAUGUGCAAACAAGACAGUUUCAUGGUAGCUAGAGAUUUUUUGAAAAUCACAGUGUUCUGAUAAAGAAGGUUUACAUCCCAUAAAGGCGUAACACAGCUCAGAUUUCCAACUGGCUGCCAUCCAAAAAUAUUCCUCAAAUCUGUGUCAUGCAAUCGUCUCGUAAAAGUGAGCGCAAAUGAGAGUCAGUCUCAUUUGCAGCUUGCUAUUUAUAUUUUUGUAAUGAGGAAUCUUGGUGAGAAAGCCUUAUCCAGAUAGAUGGUCGUGGUAAUUAGGAGUGACGGCUUUGGAUAGCUGUACGGUUCAGGGAGGCUUGGGGGUUAGGGGUAGACCAUUAGACAUUACUAAAUUAAGAAUGAGGGAUCAUGGCUGACAAGAAGUGUGAAGAUGUUUUUCUGUAACACCAUUCCAUUAUCAAUAGCCUAUGUACCUUUUUGUCCACAUUUUGGUAUACAGUAUUUGCAUUUCUAGUUUGUGUAGGAGGAAUGACCCAAAUAAACAAAAGUGGUCUACGUUGUAGUUCUGCUGAGUCACACUCAUGUACAUUGUUACUAAUGGUAAGUUUGAUCUUUUAACAGCAUUUUACUUCAGCUUAUCACACUGGUACCAAUAUUUUUCCUGAAUUAUUUUCAAUUAUAAAGUUAGGUACAUGCAAUUUCAAAGAAAUUUUUAUUUAAGUCAAUAAUACAUUGUAGAUAGGGCUGGAAGCAAUAAUAUUUGCGGAGAUAUUCUUAUUUUUCUCAUGCAUUGAACCAUGGACCUGCUGGUUUAUUCAUGGAGCAAUGCGACUAUCUAUAUACAUGUUAUUUUUGCAUGAUUGUUUUAAACCCCUGCCAAACAAAGUUUGAAGGGGUAGGAAUCAGUGUACUAUCGGUAGGUCUGUUGCAAAUCUUGCGCAUUGAACUACUUUCUCAAUUUUCAACCGAUUCUCUUGAAAUUUGACCACACAUUGUUCUUGGGGUAAAGUUGUGCAAGACACAUUUUUCGAACAUGUUGAAAAUUGUGUUGCCAUGUUAACAGCAUACAUGUAAAAUGCCUAAAAUUAGGUGCAAAUCAUGCGCAUCAAACUACUUUCUCAAUUUUUAAACAAUUCUCAUAUUGUGCUCACACAUAGGACUUUGGGUAAAGAUGGUAAGACAUUUUUUUUUUCUCCAUUUGUUGCAAACUGUUGCCAUGGUAAUGGCAUAGGGCAGGGGUAUUAAUCACCUUCAGUGAUACAUGUAGUUCUAGUUAUCUUAUGUACACUUUAUAAUUCAAAUCCUCAAGUAUGUACAUGUAUACACAACAUAAAAGAAAACUGUUUACGUGUGAAAUGUGUGUACAAGAAAAAUAAACAUCUUGGAUAUUUUCUAUUCAUCAUGCUCAUUAUUGUGAACUUUAGUGCUGGGCGAUAUUUGAUUUCAAUGUUAAUCAAUUACAGUAUCGCCAACUUAAUGUCGCUGAGAAUGCAAUAAAUCGCUGAUUCAGAAUAUUCAUAACGUUAAUUAUAAGCUACAAUUCCGUGGGUGCAAGGAAAGGGGGAAAUGAAAGAAAUACUUUCAUCAUAUGUUUAUGUACCAACUUAAGUUCUGAGUGCAGAGUAGGUUUGAAGCAAUUCAGAGCAGCAUUUAUGGUUAAUUCAUAAUCACCACUAUGUUGGCCUUUUACUCCGUUAUAUAAAACCAUGAUCUAAUAUUCAAAAUUAUCAUUUCUAUAAUAUUGCUCAGCACUAGACUAUAGUUAAUUAUGUGAUCAGUACUCUGGUAAAUGAUAUUGUGUAAUGGUGUAUAACAGGCUGUGUCGUUGAAAUAAUUUGCUUGAAUUCAACAUGUUACAUGUUAAUACAGUACAUAUUGUACAUGUAAGUAUUCUUCCGGGUGGUGCCUUGUGACUUUAUUUCAACUGUACAUCGAUCACCUAUUGUCUCAUUAUUUAUUUUCUAUCGUUGGUAUUCAAAUUUUGCAUGUUUUUUUCAUUUUUAUUUUUGUUUUUUUAACUUUCAUCCGUUUUCAUUUAUGAAAUAAAAAGGUCUGCAUCAUUCAAAAUCAUGUACAUCAUUCAAAAUCAUGUGUACUUUCAUUAAAGUCUGCAUAUUACUUGAACUGAUAUUCUAAACAGUUACAGUUACCUUCUGAAAUUUUCAUGUACA